GCCGCCAUUGGCUGGGUGUGGGCCCCGCCCCCCAGGCUGCGGAGCCGGCGGAGGCUGCACGUCUCACGCAGGCAGCGGCUGCUGCGGCGUUGGGGACACGGAGCGGUCGGCGCCCGCGGGCUGGGUUCCCAGCUUGGGAAAAGAUGGCCUCACUGCCCCGGAGGGGCCUGGUCCCACCUCUUCUCUGGGGCCUGAGUCUCUUCCUUAGCCUCCCAGGCCCCGUCUGGCUCCAGCCCUCCCCGCCUCCCCAGGCUUCUCCCCCCACUGAGCUCCAUCCAUGUCAUACCUGCCGGGGACUGGUCGACAGCUUCAACAAGGGCCUGGAGAGAACAAUUCGGGACAACUUUGGAGGUGGAAAUACUGCCUGGGAGGAAGAGAAAUUGUCCAAAUACAAAGACAGUGAGACCCGCCUGGUAGAGGUGCUCGAGAGCGUGUGCAGCAAGUCGGACUUCGAGUGCCACCGCCUGCUGGAGCUGAGCGAGGAACUGGUGGAGAGCUGGUGGUUUCACAAGCAGCAGGAAGCCCCAGAUCUCUUCCAGUGGCUCUGCUCAGAUUCCCUGAAGCUCUGCUGCCCCGCAGGCACCUUCGGGCCCUCCUGCCUUCCCUGUCCUGGGGGCACAGAGAAGCCUUGCGGUGGCUACGGGCAGUGUGAAGGGGAAGGGACUCGAGGGGGCAGCGGGCACUGUGACUGCCAAGCCGGCUACAGGGGCGAGGCCUGUGGCCAGUGUGGCCUCGGCUACUUUGAGGCAGAGCGCAACGCAAGCCAUCUGGUAUGUUCGGCUUGUUUUGGCCCCUGUGCCCGCUGCUCGGGACCUGAGGAAUCGAACUGUUUACAGUGCAAGAAGGGCUGGGCCCUGCAUCACCUCAAGUGUGUAGACAUCGACGAGUGUGGCACAGAGCAAGCCAGCUGUGGAGCCGACCAGUUCUGUGUGAACACAGAGGGCUCCUAUGAGUGCCGAGACUGUGCCAAGGCCUGCCUGGGCUGCAUGGGGGCAGGGCCAGGCCGCUGUAAGAAGUGUAGCCCUGGCUACCAGCAGGUGGGCUCCAAGUGUCUCGAUGUAGACGAGUGUGAGACAGAGGUGUGUCCAGGAGAGAACCAGCAGUGCGAGAACACGGAGGGCAGCUAUCGCUGUGUCUGUGCCGAGGGCUACAAACAGAUUGAGGGCAUCUGUGUGAAGGAGCAGAUCCCAGAGUCAGCAGGCUUCUUCUCCGAGGUGACAGAGGACGAGCUGGUGGUGCUGCAGCAGAUGUUCUUUGGGGUCAUCAUCUGUGCGCUGGCCACGCUGGCCGCCAAGGGUGACUUGGUCUUCACCGCCAUCUUCAUUGGGGCUGUGGCAGCCAUGACCGGCUACUGGUUGUCAGAGCGCAGUGACCGUGUGCUGGAGGGCUUCAUCAAGGGCAGAUAAUCUCUGCCACACCUGCAGGAUCUCCUCCCAUCCAGGCUGUCCCCAGAGGUCAGGCCUCUCUCCUGCCUGGACACUUGAGGCAGCUUGCUUUAUUUUUGAGUGGGGUAAGCACGUCCUACCCACCAGGCCUGGGCAGGUGAGGCCCUUGGGGUGAAAAAGAAACUCUAAAUAGGGAUGCCAUGAGAUCUUGGCCCUGGGGGAACUGGGCAGGCUUCACGUGUGUGAAUUUUUCCUUGUGGUGGCUGCUAAAGGGCUUUGGCCCCUGCCCAGGACGAGGGGGGUUCCUUCCAGGGGUGGGCCCAUCACAGCCCCCUCUUGCCAGCUGCAUGCUGCCAGCUCCUGUUCCGUACUCUCGCCCCUGCCCCUCAGCCACUGAUUAUUUAUUCAUCUCAGGAAAUAAAGGUCUUGGAAAAUAGAGAAGCUUCAGUCUUACUACCUGCCUCCUACUCCCCAUGGGUUGGCCUGAGCUACUGAGAGCGCCACCCUUCGGGACAUUUUCUAAAACCCUGGGAAAUCAAGGGUUACCCUGACGGAGGAGCAGUAGAGGGAGGACAGAGAGGCUUGGUCCUAAAGCAGUGUUAGGAGAAGAGGGAUGGAGGAACCAGGCUUUGGGGUGGAACUUCCUGGGUUCAGUGCCAGCUACCAUUUGCCAAAGGACCCUGGACAAAUGACUUUUUCUCUGAACUUCCUCUCUAUAAAAUGGGCAUGAUAAUGCUUUCCACUCAGGCUUAAUAUGAGAUGAUAGGCGUGAAGAGCUGGACAGUGCACGACAGACAGAUGUGCUAUAAAAUAUUGGUAGCCAUUAGUCCUAAAGCCUCCUAGGGUCAAGUGCCCUCUUCUUUUUAAGUCCUCCCCUCCCCACCAUACACAGGACUUGGAAUUGCUGGGGGGCAGGGACUGCUAACACUUCUCUGAUCAGGAUCCUGGCAUGGCCAGAGGGAGGCAUGAGCCAACUGCUAAGGGUUUAUUUCUUUGGCACAUAGAGGACAGUCAGUCUGGACAAGCAAGCCUCAUCUCUCCACACUGGGGAGUCUGGAGGGGUGUCUGGGGGUACAUGGACCCCAUAUCCCACACCCAAAUCCAUGCAUGUCCACCCUGUAUUCCGCGUAAGUCACAGCCUCUGUGCAAAAUACCUGCUGGGAGAAAAAACAGGUAUUUUAAAAAAACAAACAGGGUAGGUUCAUGCCCGGCUGUUUCCAGGGGUGGCCAGUUUUUCAAAUGUUCAGCUGUCCCAAUGGGCCAGGCCAUAUGGCCAUAGAGGGUGGGGCCCUGGUCCUGCAUUCCUGGACCCCUCAGAGCUCAAUGGUGUCACUGGAGGCGCUGCGGGAGUCCCCGGGC